CCGCUCCGGGGAAGGUGGGCUUACCCUAGCGGGCGCGCCAGGUCUCAUCUCUAGCACCUCAGGGGCCCGCGCGGUCACAGCCGGCACCCUCGGGCCUGCGGACAAAGGGUUAACGCGUUGGCGGUGACUGCGGGCCCCGGAUGUGAGAGCCUCAGCUUGGCGCCCUGGCUGCGCUGCAGGUGCGCCGGGCCGAACGGAGCCGGCAGCCUGGCGGUGACCUGACCGCCCGAGGCUCCCCUUCACCUGCAGCGGCUGCUCGGCUCCCUCCGAGAACGCCGCCUUUUCUAACUUAAGGGCAACAGGUGGUGCCGGUGGACCGCGAGAGAGCCCAGCUCCGCCGUGCUGGGAGUGGCAGUUACCCUCACCAAUUACGGAGCGGGGGCGGGAGUUGCAUGGCUACCCUGAUGCGGGUGACCAAUGGGAUUUGGGAUCAUGGGUGGACCGGGAGGAGUGGGCGUGGUCGGAGUCUGAGUCCAAGGUUUCUAGUGCGAUAACUGCCAGAGCUGCUUGGAGAGCUAAGCUGGAAAGACGUGGGGGUGCUUAUCCCUGCGUGGAAACGCUUGCCAAUGCUUUCUCAUUUGGACCCAGACUCCGGAUCGGGAGCAGUCUUAUAGCUGAAUCAGCUACCAAGAGAAGUUCUAAAGCGAGAAGAGAAAAGCACUUCAAUUUGGGACAUUUAUUUGCACCUGGAAAUGGGGAAUGGGCUAUCAGACCAGACUUCUAUCCUGUCCAGCCUGCCUUCAUUUCAGUCCUUCCACAUUGUUAUUCUGGGUUUGGACUGUGCUGGAAAGACAACUGUCUUAUACAGGCUGCAGUUCAAUGAAUUUGUAAAUACCGUACCUACCAAAGGAUUUAACACUGAGAAAAUUAAGGUAACCUUGGGAAAUUCUAAAACAGUCACGUUUCACUUCUGGGAUGUAGGUGGUCAGGAGAAGUUAAGGCCACUGUGGAAGUCAUAUACCAGAUGCACAGAUGGCAUUGUAUUUGUUGUGGACUCUGUUGAUGUCGAAAGGAUGGAGGAAGCCAAAACUGAACUUCACAAAAUAACUAGGAUAUCAGAAAAUCAAGGAGUCCCUGUACUUAUAGUUGCUAACAAACAAGACUUGAGGAACUCAUUGUCUCUUUCAGAAAUUGAGAAAUUGUUAGCAAUGGGUGAACUGAGCUCAUCAACUCCUUGGCAUUUGCAGCCUACCUGUGCAAUCAUAGGAGAUGGCCUAAAGGAAGGACUUGAGAAACUACAUGAUAUGAUCAUUAAAAGAAGAAAAAUGUUGCGGCAACAGAAAAAGAAAAGAUGAAUAUCAAUACCUAUUAUAUCUGUGUGGAGUAGGUUUUCUCUGGUCUGAUUUUGACAAAUAGAAGAGUGUCUACAACCUGGUUUGCCUGUCUGCCCUCCUGGAUGCUAUUAAAGCUUUGUUUUGUUGAACAAUCAGAUGCCCAACUCUGUUGCCUUGUGGAAGAUGAGUAAAUGCAGUGCUUCUUAAAGUGGUCUCUUCUCCCUACCCCACAAAUCUUUUGGUACUAGCAUUUGGGGAAGCCAAGCAAGGAUAGGAAAUUGACCAGAACACAGUUGUGGAAAUUUGGCCUGAAGUUAGUGAAAUAAAACUUUCAAGAGUGUCUGCCUAGUGUUUUGUGCUUAUAUCUUUUUGCGGGGGAAGCCUUUGCAAGAAAACUGCAUACAAGGCUUUGUAAUGAUCAAGUGCUAAUCGAUGGAAAUGUUAAGGUAGAUUAACAUAUAUGCAGUUAUACUGAUCACAUUGGUCCAACCAGUCCUUUUUUGAAGUAAGGAACAAGGAGUAUUUUUUAAGUUUUGGCCAAAUGAUUUUUGACGCUUUCUGGAAUCAAGUAAUUUAAUGGUAUAGCUUAAUUCUAGACAAUGUUUAAGUUGGUCUGCCUUUAAUAAAAAUAAGAUAUUUGGGGUGUAUUCAAGUGCAUGGAUUAGUUUUCCUGACAAAGCAUGUUUUGGUGUGUAGUCUUACUUUUUAGAAAUAGCUAUGCAUCGUUCUACACAGGUUUAAAACAACUUUUUGGGGGAUUUAGGGCUAUUAUAGAAAUAGUUUGUUGUCAGAAGCACUUUCUCUUGAAGAACCUAAAAUAAUUGACUCAUUCAUAGUAAAUAUGGGCAUGUAAACUAAUAAAUAUGCACUGGAUACAUAUAUGGAUUUAUGAAGAAGGAAAUUAAUGAUUUAGUCAAGAGGAUGUAAUUAAAAUAUGUGGUCUCUAAAAUAUUCCAGUUAUGAGAUAUUUGCUUUAUUAAUAUUUGCUGGCUGAAAACAAAUGUGGUUUUUAUAUAUUUUUGUAGUGUGUUGGGAAGAGCAAAAGCUUUAUAAAUAUACCUGAUGCGCUGUAGACUGAAAAUGUAAAAGAUGCGCUGUAGAAUGAAAAUGUAAAAGAUA